GAGUGUUUGAACCAAACAAAUUGAAACAAUUCACAAAACAUGGAGGGAGUCUCUCUGCCCAGUUGACCAGGGAGGGAAAGGUCACCGCAAGGACUCUGCAGUGCUGGCUGCCAGCCCCUGGUCCAGCAUGGAGAACGGCGUGGUACUGCAGAGCAAAGAGAUGCCUGUACAGCAUCCGGUGGAGCUGGGCAGACCUGUGCUGUCUCUGGAUGCAGGGAUGGUGGCCAGUUUGGAAAGAAGCUCAGAAAGGAUGGUGGAUGAGAGAAGGCAGAGUUCUGAAAGCAUAAACAGGCCUUGUGCUAUGAGACCCCAAGAGCAGGCAAAGAAGGAUAAGUCUGGGAACAAAGAACAUGCUGUGCGCUUUGAAGAAAGCGGUGAGAGCGAUGAAGAGACUGAUACCUCUGAAGAUUCACUGAGUACCUCCAUGAUGGAACUUUCUGUGUUGCAAAGGUUAGGCCUGCACAGAGUGGCAUUGACGGAACAGGAUGUGGAGGCAGCUUUUGCACACUUGGCUUUGGCCUUCCGUUGUGACAUGUUCACACUGCGGCGACGGGUGCAAGUAGAAGAGCGGGCAAGGAACACAUCUGAGGAGAAUAUUCAGCAGGAGCUAGAGCAGUGCCGGACAACACUGCAGAAACUGGACCAGGCCUGUGUGGAUGCCAAGCACAAGGACCUGCUGGAAGACUUGCAGAAUAGUCUUACAGUCCUAGAAGCAGCAAUUGAGCGGGCAAACGCUGCUGCAGAGAAGUUAGGAGCUGUCCAUCAGGAGGCACGCAUGAGCCGGGCCACAGAGGUGAUGGUGCAGCAUGUGGAGAACCUGAAAAGGCACCACCUCAGGGAGCACACGGAGCUUGAGGAGAUGAAGAGGUUGAUUCAACAGAACUCCCGCAACCGGCAGCUGGCAGAAAACAGGGAUGAUGGUGAUCAGAGACUGAAGCAUCCUCCACUGCGAAUGUUCCAGCAGGGUUCGGCUCGUCGUCGAGUCAGCAUUGCCGUUAUUCCCAAACAAUUAACGUUUCACAGCCCUGAAAGUGGCCAUGGCUCUGAGGGGGAAGCAGUUAAACCAACUGUGGUAGAAGAGGAAAGCCCAGAAAGACAAUCCCACUGCGCCCCAGAAGACUCUGCUGAUAAUUACUUCCUCCUUCAUACUGGAGCUUCUAACGUCUCGCGCCGAAGCCUGCAAAGGACCAACAGUGCUGAGUGUGAGACAGAUGGAAGCCACUGCAUAGAUGGGAAGGAAUCAGAGCUGAGGAGCAGAUGUAGCAUUAGCAAGACUGUAAAAGAAGAGCCUAAAGAAGAACCAGGCAAUGAAGAGGUGAACAAAGAGUACGAGGAACUACAGGAAGAUGUUCUCCUGUUCAAAAGAUCUAACAUGGAGUUCUGCAGAACCUGGUUCUCUAUGCCUACUUACUACUGGGCUUUGUUGUGGCUGUUUUUUUUUGGGAUUGCUUGCCUCGUUCUGAUCCGGAUCCUGGAGCUGCAGAAACAAUAUCCAUUUACAACCUCUGACUCCUAGGCACAGAAGAUUUUGCACCACCAAAAUCACAGACAAUUUGCUUAUGAAAAAUAAAAUUAGGGAAUAAUGCUGUUGAGUGUGCAUGGCCAUAGGAGUACUGCCUACGAUGUUAGGAGACUGCUGUGAAAAGAUCUGGAGCUCAGGACAUCGCCUGACUCUGGCGGGAUGGGGUUAGCUCUUACUCUGUUAAUGGCCCACUGUAAGCCCAGUGAGAGACCUUGAGUUGGGAUAAUGCAUACAAUCUUGCGGAAAGGUGCAAUCAAGGUAUUACCCUUUCCUUCUGAGGUUAAAUGUCCUUCAAAAUGGCACACUGGGAUCAUCACUGGUUAGUCUGUUGGGAUAAUCAUUAGUUGUUCUGUUGGUGAAUGGAGCAUGUCCAUGGAUUUGUGUACCCUGAACUUUGAGCAUGGCACUCUCAGGCUCUGGGGCUCAGACCUCCUUUUAAUUGUAGCACAAUCUGAAGUGAAUCCCAGAUUUAUACAGUGUUAGCAGUUACCAGAACUUGUCAAGAAGAGAGCUCUCAGGUUUCUCAGUGUCAUUUUGUUUGUCUUCAACGGUAUGGUAGAAAAGUAGAAUUGUACACA